CCAAUCACAGCAGCCUUUUACCACGUGAUCAGCCGGUCACUGAUCACCAGUGCCCUGAUGAUCGGUGCCCAGCAGUGCCACACACAAGUUCCGCCCACCUGUGCCCAGCAGUGCACCCACCUGUGCCACCCAGCAGUGUCACCACCUGUGCCCAGAAGUGCCACCUACCUGUGCCCAGUAGUGCCACCCACCUGUGCCCACCCACCUGUGCCCAUCAGUGCAGCCCAGCAGUGCUGCCAGUCAGUGCCCAGCGGUUGUGCCAGUCAGUGGCCAGCGGUUGUGCCAGGCAGUGCCCAGCAGUGCCGCCAGUCAGUGCCCAGCAGCGAUGUCAGUCAGUGCCACCUAUCAGUG